AAAGACAGAAACUGCUUCAUAAAGAGCACGAUCUUGUUAGCAUAGAAACCGCACCCCCACUUUCCGACGUUUCUUCUGCAGACGUCUGCUACCUCUAGGCUUACCCGCAAAGGAGGGGCAGGGACAACCUCCAAAAUUACCAGACUCUUUAAGACUCGGCGUGAGAAACUACAAGUUCCAGAUUGCAGCGCUGACUCCGCCAAACACGUCAGUACCCACCAGAGAAACUACAAAUCCCAGGAUGCAAUGCUGCCUCGGACCCCCGACCCCCUCCACUCCCAGCAACGCUUCAAGAAUGAGGUCCCUUCGGAAAUCAGAUUAAGGUCGGCGCUGCAUGCUGGGAAUCAGAAGACCCAAAAUAGGAUUGGCUGAGCCUUUUCCCGGCACCGCAGUCCUCUCAGGCUGGCCCGUGGGAGAAGGGAGAGGGCGCUGCGCACUUCCUGUAGACGCCGGCAAGCAACGGCCUCGGCGCGUCUCCGCCUCACCAGGAAACUACUAAAGUUCCUGUGGACGCAAAGUAGAAUUUCAUAAGAACAUAAUGGAUGGAGAAGAGAAAACCUAUGGUGGCUGUGAGGGCCCUGAUGCCAUGUAUGUCAAGUUGAUAUCUUCAGAUGGUCAUGAAUUUAUUGUAAAGAGAGAACAUGCGCUAACAUCAGGAACAAUAAAAGCCAUGUUGAGUGGCCCAGGUCAGUUUGCUGAGAAUGAAACUAAUGAAGUCAAUUUUAGAGAGAUCCCUUCACAUGUGCUAUCGAAAGUAUGCAUGUAUUUUACCUACAAGGUUCGCUACACUAACAGCUCCACGGAGAUUCCUGAAUUCCCAAUUGCACCUGAAAUUGCACUGGAACUGCUGAUGGCUGCGAACUUCCUAGAUUGUUAAAUAAAAUAAAUUAUAAUAAACUGUUAACUCUUUUUCAGUAUUUAAUACCUGUAGUUCAGUUAGUACUUUUUUCAUAUAUAGCAUGUUGCCUGUGUGCAGUUGAACUUUAAAGUUCAUUGCAAAGCAGAUUAUCUUCUGUUCUUUUGCAUAGCAAUCAGAGUUGAAGUUUGUUUGCUACAUCAACAAAUUAAGGACAUUUUCACAAAUUGAGAAAUAAACAAAUAUACCAAUUCGUA